GUGAAGCGGUGGAAGUCGUAAAAGUCGCGGCCAAAACGGCGAUAGAAGAGAACGGGGUCAAGGGUGGGACCGUUACCGAAAUCGAGUAAUUUCCGGGUUCCAUCCAGAUGCCACUGCGUUUGUCUUCAACUGAUGGCAAUUUCACGACUAACCCAUCGUCACGGCCUUCGAUCGCGAUUCGGAGCAGCGGAGAUAUUAGAGGCGAACUUUGAAGUCUAAUAUGGCUCUGAACGAUUCGCGUGAAAGCGUGGAAGGGUGUUUCUAUUACAACAAGAUGAAGGAUAACGCAUUACGUCGACAAGACGAGGAGAUCGACUAGCUGAAAUCGCGUGAAAUUUCCAUCACCUUGGCCGAAUGCGUCAUGUCGUCCUACGAAGGACGCGUCUACGAGCGGAAUCUUACUUGAAGUGGCAAAGCCGUAGGGAAAACGGCUUCGAAGCUUGGAAAUUACAAUGUCAACGCCCGCUACCGACCCGCUGCCAUCCACCGUUUCCGGGGAAUUGACGACCGCCCUUCUGCCGACGGUUACCAAGAUCGAUACGCGGCUGGAUGUCAAUCCAAUUUCGGUGGUUUUGGCGGUGUCAAUAGUCUGCAUUUUAGCACCAAUCACCAUCACGGGAAACUCCAUUAUUCUGGCGGCGUUCUAUAGAUACAAGAGGCUACGGACUGCAUCCAAUUACCUCCUGGUCUCCUUGGCCGUCAGCGACUUCGGGAUUGGAGUGUUUAUGCCCUUUGGGAUGCAGCUGGAGCUGUCCGGUCUCCCGGAGAAUGGCGUGUCCACUUUGUGCAUAAUCCCUUACUGCAUAGCGAUCGCGCUGUGCAGCGUGAGCGUCCUGGUGACCGUGGCCAUCGCCGUCGAUCGCCUAACUUCGCUGGCGCAACCCCUCAGAUACAAGAACAUCAUCACCCACAGUAGCAUCGAGAAGUACAUCGCUGUCUUCUGGAUCUACGCGAUCGCCGUGGGCCUCUCGCCGUUGAUUUACGCGAAGACCAUAGGCGAGACCCAACCUCACAGCGGGAACUGCAGGUUCGGGGCAGCGGUGCUUCCGCCUGUGAGGGUGUUCCUGGUGGUCGCCGUAUGGGCGCCAAGCGCCCUCGUGCUUCUGGGUUGCUACAUGUACGUGUACCUGGUGGCUCGUGCACACGCACGUGCGAUUUAUACGGUGGAACUGUCGUUCAGGCAUCAAACGCAGACCAUGGCAUUGCCGCGUUACGGUCAAACACUGGCAGUCACGGUCGGCGCGUUUCUCAUCCUCUGGCUUCCCUUUCAAACAUGCAUGUUGCUGGACAUCUUCUGUGGGACGGAAAUCCUCUCCGAAUGGGCGGUGGUAUGGCUCGGGCUGCCCAUAAUGGCUCACAGCGGCGUGAAUCCGUGGAUCUACGCUUUCCAUCACGGCGAGAUGAGGGUGGCAGCUGGAAAAAUCACUGAAAAAUUAGUGGCUUUAUUCGGAGUGACUCCCAGUCGAUACGGUUGCUCCCCUUUGAGACGCGGCUCCAACACGAACCUGGAAUUAGCAGAGGUGAACAACAGCAACGAUAACAGAAGGCAUCCCGUGGAGGACUGCUUCGCUGCGAAACCAAACAGUACUUUGUACACCAGCAGACGAUGCUUGAACGCUUCAGGAAGACACACGGACAUCUCGCCCGAGAAGAACGUCGAUCACGGAUCCUCCAAAAGCAGAAACUCUGACAUAGUCGACGAGGACAUCCACGAUUUGACCAAGAUGCUCGACCUCAAGUACAUAAUCGACCGCAAUCACAUGAUCGACUCGAACCACAACAUAGAUAAGAUAAAGAACCUCAAAUACCUACUAGACCCCACGUUCAACAAGAUUCGUCACCUGAGGCGACUGAACCACAAGAGACUCACCAGCAAGAACUUCUCCAAAGCGUCAGAGCCUAAGUUUAUCUCCUAUCAGAACCUGAAGAGCGAUGGAACCUUGAAUCGCAAGGCACUGCAGAUGAACACUAUGUCUGAUCCUGUUCUGAGCGCCGACAGCCCCAUGGUGCACACCAAGGACUUCAACGAUGCCCUAAACUCAGUCAAUGCUAAACGAAGAAACUCUAAUCUCUGCUCUUUGUCAGACCCUAACAUCAAAGCUGCGAUAGGGCACUCCUCCGACGUGAAUCUGAGGUUACCCACUAGCGGGAACGUGGUCGAGACGCACAGAUACUCCGUGCAGAACUUGGACCACAACAGGUGCGACGGAGGUCUAGCUAAGCACGUGAUGCUGUCACGACAGUUGGAGAAUCAGAGGAGAUUCCACGUUUACCCCCGUCCACGAGUGAAAAUCAGCAACCCUUUUGGCAGAACGAGUCCUAAUUUGAAUUUAAAGCUUCAGAACAGCUACACGUCGCCGUCCACGCCGGACAGCGCGAGGUCGAGCCUGUUGAGCAGCCAGAAGACGUCCCCUAAGCACGUGAUAAUCACUCCUAACCAUCUGGCCAACGUGAUCCACCUGGAUCACGCAACGCCGCGGCAGCUGGAGCCCAGAGACACGGCCUCCAGGUUGCUGCAGGCCAGAAGGAACAUCGAGAUACUAAAACAUUCCGAGUCGAUAAACACCAUCGAACCUAUGACUCGCGUCAGGUUGCUAGAGCCUUACAGAGUCAUGGAGACCCUCAACGUCCCGACGAUACACUCGGAACCGCCCAGCCCCAUAGAUCCUCUCCCCCUAGCGUCCCUACAAGAGGAAAAUACGAGGAACUCCGACUCGUCGAAGCCCUCAAUCGAUAUCGACCGAUCCAAGUCCCCUCUGAACAAUAGGAGAAGUCCAGUCAGACAUUCUGACCCUGUGAUACCAUCCGUCUUGCUGAACAUCGAGGACUACAGCGAGAAUUGCGAUAACAAGGACACAUUCAGUCAAGACGGUUCCUCGAGUAACCUCCCCUUGUCUGGCCUGGCGCCCUCGAUAGAGCCUAUAGAUCUGUUCGAGGCGUUGAUGAAGAACUCGGAGAGGUUUAGAGAGGGCAGACUUCCAGAACCAAUCUUCGCUGAACACGACUCCACGAGGUUCAGCUCGCGCAGACCUUCGGAUUCGAAGUGGUCGGAGUCUUCAAGGAGUCAGGAGAUCCUGUCCAACGUGGGCGAGCACCAGACUUUCCCCUCGUCGUACUCCGUGAAUAAUUUCCAGGUGUGCAACAGUGGCAGCGACCUCAACGACCUGACGUCCUUGGAUCCCUUCAUGUGUCCGGACGCCUUGACGUCUUCUUUGCGCGAGUCGUUCUUCAGCGCGCCGUCCGUGCCCGAUUCGGAGAUCUUCACGUCCUUCGAGGAGAACGACGAGUCCAUCCAGACUCCAGACUCCGAAAGGGAGCUCUCGCCUUGCCAUUUCGCGUCGACGAUGAGCAGGAAGAGGUCGAUGAACGAGGCAGAAUUCCAGAGCAAGUCCACGGAUUCGGUGUUUCGAAAUCGGUCGACCAGGUCCUGCACGAUACUGCGGCUGGAACCGUCCUUGCAUCUUAGCAGGCUCAGAGUCAGGCCAGGUACCAAUUACAUUAUCAAGGACAUGGCAGGCAGGGGAAACAAACGCUUGGCGCCUCUCGCCACGCCGACACCCACGGACAUUUGCACCCCCACGUUCGAGUUCGUCUCGGAGAUCAAGGGCGACAACGGUGUCGGCGUUAGGGUAUAGAUCUCUUCCGGGUGGUGGAAGCGUUAUUUUUCGAGGGAGGAAGAACAAAUUCGCUAAGUGGGAUGUGGGCAGUUGUAAUGGGCGAAAUUCGAGAAUCUUUUUUUCAAGAUUUAAAGACAUUAUUUUAGAUUGAAAUCUGUAAUUAAAUGUUGAGAAAAAAAUUCUUGAAUUUAGGCUAUCGCAACUGAACGUAUUUCCUUGACGGAGAUUUUUACACGUGCGUCACCACGCGCGCCUACGUCUGUAUUUUUAUAACAGCUGGAUGAAUUAUUCUGUCUACCUGCUUAGGAGAACGUACUGAAGUAGAUAACAAUUAUCGUGAAAUAAUGGUAUCGAACUUUCAAGUUGGACUGUGAUAGUAUGACGUGUCUUUAGUGGGAUCAUAGAACGAUCGCGUCAGAGAGGAAAUUCUACAAUUGUAGCCUUUGCCGAUGAUUAAUCCUUCGACUCUUGAUGAUUAUCUUGGAAUGCCUGGCGUUAACCGCGGAAAGCCAGUGGCAUUUAUUUUCUUUCUAUUUUCUCCUCCUAAAAAAUAGAAACUUAUUUCAGUACUAACCAUUGAAUCUAUUCACUUUUUGAAUAAUAUUGAACGAAUAAUUAGAGGAAAUUGUUACUAUAGUUUUACUCGAAAAGUAGAAAAUUGUUGUAUAUAUCAUACUUAGUAUUCUCAAAUUAACCAUAUAUCCGAGAAAAAAGAUUCAGAUUCGUCUAAAUAUUUUAAACAUGACUCCUCGAACAGGAAAAGCACUUCUUUCAAAAAAUUACUUUCAGAAACUACAGUUUUUAAAAUGUCAAGCUUCUCCUCGAACGAAGUUCAACUCUUUUUCAAAUACAAAUACAAACAAGGCUCGAAAUACCUUUCAAAGUCGCUCAGAUUUUACGAGUCCUAGGAUUAACGUCGUAACAAGAAUUUGUAAUAUACUACAGAGACUACACUGACAUAUUUAAUAUAUUAAUGAAAAGUUCAAAAGUGUGAAAUAUAUCAGAAGUCAAACGAUGUCGAGUUUAGUAUAACUGAUUUAAUUAAUCGUUUAUAGAUAUAUGAGAAUCAUUGUCACAAAAGUCGUAUACGUAUACAACGACAACUCGAUUUGCAUUUACGAGUAUCCUCCGAAGCAUAAAUUGCGUCGAUCCACUAUCCUGUUAAAAGGUAUAGCAUUCUGCGUCACCAGACUUUGCCUCGCCCAGACCUGAAUCGUUUAAACAAUCGCGCAAACCGUGCCAAGCAAGUUGUGCAAAUUUGACAUUUUUUUCGAAGAGCGACGUAAGAAUUGCAAAGCUACGAACAAUAUUACCGCUUGUGUACCUGAUCGAGUUCGAUGAUUUACAGGCAAGAAUAGUUCUUGUCAGAGCAUCUAUUUUUUAGGAGUCUCGCAACUAAAAGCCUUCGAUAUUUGAUCCUGCACAGCCGACAAAAUCUGUCCUUUCUGUUCUCCAAGUAAAAAUGAUUUCACGUAUUCCUUUCUCAUUCACUUGUCUAGUCACGAUCAGUCCACGUAAUCCUAGGUACACAAUUGUAAUUAAUUUAAGCGACCUAACGUCCGAGACGAUUGUCCGCGAUUUGCUCGAAUUCCUGCAGAAUUUCCAACACCAACAAGGCGUGAGUUAGCGUGACAUCGAGUUACGAUAUUUGUUGUUACGAAUAACUAAUGUGGAAAUUCUUUACCACCCCAAAAAAGUGAUUUUUCCACGACAAAUGAUCACAUACAAAAGUGAUCCGAGACAAUAUAACAAGCUGUGCUUAAUAAAAUUGUAUGGUAGCACUGUGGCGAUAUUUUUCCAAUGAUAAUGUAUAGUAGGUAGAACGAAAGAAAAAUCGAGUGUAACAUUUCUUUCUCCCUACAAUACUAAUUAUCAAUUCUUCUCUCUCUAUGUAAAUUUUCAGAUUUCAGAUUUCCCUUUCUUUGUAAAUGAUUUACUCUGAUAUGUGUGUUUAAUCUUGCCACGACCUCAAUGUCACGUGAACACACGCCUCGACGUAAAGCUCUGCGAGAUUACUGCAGAGUGUGUAGAUAAUUUAGUGUAAAGUAAUAACAAGAGAUCGUUGUUCCAAUGUUAAGUCUUGUCUAAUGAGAAGGGGGUGAACGAGAGUCGUUUUAGCGUGGUGUUAUUUAUUUAAGGAAACUGUACAGUAGAGGGAACGUAAGGACCAAACAAUUUUAAACAUUCGUACUCUGCUGGGCGUUGUCAAUCCUUGGUUCGUAAUACGUACUCUAGGCCCUCGAUAUUCCGCCAUUCGAAUAAAUGAGCGAACGCUUUAACCGAGGUCUCUAACUUUUGUAUUAUACAGCUGUAAAAGUCGCUUCGCCAGUUCGAAUUCCUAAAAACUAUCUCGGGACUUCGUAGAACGUCCCUUCAAACCACUCAAUGCCAAUUAACCGUUAAAAACUACUUUUAUACAUAAGUUCUCGAAACGGUGCCCGGUGAAAUGAAAAUUAUUUUUGUCACACGUCCGCGGUAUUUUUUAAAAUGAAUUUCCCACCUCUGCGCUCAUCUGUGUGCGUGUGUGAACUACUUAUCAAUAGAAACCCUAUUUUUCAUUUUAAAGAUACAAGUGUAUGCGAACCUGUAAUUAUAAAAAUAUUCCGUACAGGGACUAAUCCAGAAGUAGAAGUGAAUCUUCAUUGGACUAACCAUAGGUCUUAAUAACAGGGAAGAGACUUUUGCUAGAGAAUAAUGUUAAAAAACCAGUUGCAGACUGCAAAAUAUUGUUGCUAAUGAAAUUCGGAAAUUGGUAAACUAUUUGCAUUCAUCGAUUUCGUUUAUUUAAAUCGAUUAAUUUUUGUUCAACAAACGGAUAUUUCGUUAGAAAUAUUUAUUUAAAAAAUUUAUCCAACUAGUUACAAAUCAAAAUAUUGUCACUUUUAACAUUAUUUUCUAGUUCUCUUGGCAUCUACGAAAUUUAUUUAAGAAAGUAUUUGAUCGAACACUUUGGGGUUAAUUUUCGCCUCUUGAAUGGAAAUAUCAGCUGGUACAAAAUGAUACGUGUCUAAUAUUUUUCAAUACUCUAUCUGUGUGCAAAGUUUCAUAAAAAUCGGCGUGUUGGGUGAUGUUCCUUCAUGCCUCAGAUACUCUUUAUUUUUAUGAAUACUAUUUAUGUAUGCUUAUCCAUACAUCUUUAAAUAAUUCCUGCGUAUAUAACUCAAUCCUGUACUUAAUAUUACGGAAUCUGAACAGUCUCUAUUGGAGUGUCUCCGCUAGAAGUAGUUUAUUACCGGCAACACGGAAGUAAAUGAUUAUUUCGUAAUAAUCGCGGUACUCUGAAUUCCUGUUUUGGAUAUACAAGCUCAAAAGAGUUUCGAACACGGCACGUGACACGUGCUGAACACGUUUCGCUACGUUGACGACUGUAAAACGAUGUACAAUCACUUUUUUCUUUCCACAAGUGUAAUAUAAUAAAAUAGGUUCCGUAUUUUUCAUUCCUUACGCGAUUCGUUCUACGGAACUGUCUUCCAUUCGUGUAAACGUGUGGAGAAACAAAGGAACGAGGACUGUCGUUCAUCUGCAGCGAUUUAAAGUCGCUUUACGGGGUACACGCUCGAUAAUGAAAUUUCUUGUACAAAGUAAAAGAUAACGUUCAUCGGAGUGGAGUGGCACCGAUAUAUUUUUAUGAAGAAAUCUAUUAUCAUUCUCUGUAGAUACGAAAUGUUCGAACAAACACGGAAUCGCGAACAAUUUCACCUGAGACUGUAUAUUACGUCAUUGUUUAGCCAAGUAAACUACUAUAUAUUUGCGAAGAAUGAUUGAAUCCGAUGAAAACCGACUAAUUUGUCGACAGUAUCGGUAAUUAAAAUUAUACGAUGGGCCGUUGUAAAAAAUAAGCGAUUGCGUAUAUUCCUGUUAUUUCAACGAAGAAUAACUCACCGAUAAUUUGCCAGAGGAUCGUGAGCAGAUGAUUGUACUGAUUCGCUUUCAAUUUAUUACGUGUAUUAUAUCUUCCUUUUCAUAGUCUUUAAUAUCACUGAUUUGCAGUAAGAUGUAAAUCCAAGAUUAAGCAUACGAUGAGUCAUAUGUUUUUGUAUAUAUAUAAAAAAAAGUGUAAUAUAUUGAUUAGAU